UGGAAAGCUGGAUCGGUUGCCCGGAAAAAAUGCACUGGGCUUCUCUGCAGCAGUGUUUCGCAGCAGUUACAUGGAGUGUGCUUUAUUUGUCAGAGUGAAGAUCUUACAGCGUGUGUGCGGUAGUCGUUUAAAGUGCACGCAGGUACAUGUGACAGCGCUGCAGCAAUGAGUGGAAUUUUAAAGAGGAAGUUUGAAGAAGUUGACGGCUCCUCACCCUGCUCUUCUGUGAGGGAAUCAGAUGAUGAAGUUUCCAGCAGUGAAAGUGCUGACAGCGGGGACAGUGUCAAUCCAUCCACUUCCAAUCAUUUUCCCCCUUCCUCCAUCCUCAAAAGGGAGAAGCGGCUGAGGACCAAGAAUGUGCAUUUCAGUUGUGUCACCGUGUACUAUUUCACCAGGAGGCAGGGCUUCACGAGCGUGCCCAGUCAGGGCGGCAGCACCCUGGGCAUGUCCAGCCGCCACAAUAGCGUGCGCCAGUACACCCUGGGCGAAUUUGCAAGAGAGCAGGAGAGGCUCCACCGCAAGAUGCUGAGAGAACACCUCAGGGAGGAAAAGCUGAAUUCUUUAAAACUAAAGAUGACUAAGAAUGGCACUGUGGAAUCUGAAGAAGCUAGCACUCUUACAGUGGAUGACAUUUCUGAUGAUGAUAUUGAUUUAGACAACACAGAGGUAGACGAAUACUUCUUUCUCCAACCCUUACCCACAAAAAAACGGAGAGCACUGCUGCGGGCCUCUGGAGUGAAAAAGAUUGAUGUGGAAGAAAAGCAUGAGCUGCGAGCCAUCCGCCUAUCUCGAGAGGACUGUGGCUGUGACUGCCGGGUGUUCUGUGAUCCAGAAACAUGUACCUGCAGCCUGGCAGGCAUUAAGUGUCAGGUGGAUCGAAUGUCUUUCCCAUGUGGCUGCACUAAAGAAGGAUGUAGUAACACAGCAGGUAGAAUUGAGUUUAAUCCUAUCCGUGUCCGAACUCACUUUUUGCACACAAUAAUGAAACUUGAACUGGAGAAAAACCGAGAGCAGCAAAUCCCCACACUGAACGGCUGCCAUGGGGAGAUAAGUGCCCACAGUAGUUCCAUGGGCUCUGUUGCUCACUCUGUUGAAUAUUCUAUCACAGACAAUUUCGAGAUUGAAACUGAGCCCCAGGCUGCAGUGCUGCAUCUGCAGUCAGCUGAGGAAUUAGAUUGCCAAGGAGAAGAGGAGGAGGAGGAAGAAGAGGAAGAUGGCAGCAGCUUCUGCAGCGGAGUCACUGAUUCCAGCACGCAGAGCUUGGCCCCUAGCGAGUCAGAGGAAGAGGAGGAGGAGGAGGAGGAGGAGGAAGAGGAGGAGGAGGAGGAGGAUGAGAAAGGGGACAAUUUCGUGGAAGGUUUGGGUCCUCAUGCUGAAGUGGUCCCUCUUCCUUCCGUCCUUUGUUAUUCUGAUGGCACCGCUGUUCACGAAAGCCACACGAAGAAUGCUUCCUUUUAUGCCAACUCUUCCACCCUGUAUUACCAAAUAGACAGCCACAUUCCAGGAACUCCUAACCAGAUCUCUGAUAACUAUUCAGAAAGAGAUACUGUCAAGAGCGGUACCCUCUCGCUGGUGCCUUACACCAUGACCCCAGAGCAAUUCGUUGACUAUGCCCGCCAAGCAGAAGAGGCCUACAGCACCUCCCACUACCCAGCUGCCAACCCCUCUGUCAUCGUUUGCUGCCCCUCUUCCGAAAAUGACAGCAGUGUGGCUUGCAAUAGCUUGUAUCCCGAACACAGGUCCAAUCAUCCUCAAGUGGAAUUUCACUCAUACUUGAAAGGCCCCUCCCAGGAAGGGUUUGUCUCUACAUUGAAUGGUGACAGUCACAUUUCAGAGCAUCCUGCUGAAAAUUCUUUGAGCCUUGCAGAAAAGAACAGAUUGCACGAGGAGUGCAUCAAAUCACCCGUGGUUGAAACUGUCCCUGUUUAGUAGCUUAAGUUAUUCUAGGACCAACUCUUCUCCUAUUGAAAGCACUGUAUUUAAUUGGAUUUCCUGGGCUCAUUGUGGUUUUAACUGAGGACCAAGAAAACUUGGACGGUGGCGAAUCUUCCAGACUGUAUUUUGUUUUCUCCUUUCUAGCUUUGUGACUGUGCCAUUGCACAGAUACAGUCUCAAUGAGGAUUUUAAAUGAUUUCAGACUGUUUUGAUAGAAAAUGCUAAUUUUAAAAAAGCAUAUCUCACAGUUACCUACCUGUCAAACUGUGUGAAGCCUGCCAAACUGUGUAGAUCAGAGCUCCAAGUUUUUGGAUUAUCGGGCCUGUGCAAGAUUGUUAACUGACUGGGAAAUAAUAAGAUUUAGAGUCCUAAUUUUCGAUACACCUGAAGAUGAUGGUGACUUUUUAAUGUAAAAGUAAUUAUUGUAAGAAAAAGAUUUAAUCGUCCCAUGUGUAUUUUAUUUAUGGUAGUUAGAAGUCAUGUUUUGAUGAAAAUGAACAGCAGCAUGUUCUUUUAAGCUGAAGACACAUAGUUAGUACCACCGAGCAUGCCCACAUGGAUUGCCUCUGGAAUCCAUUCACGUUUUUAUGAUCAUGUCUGAUCAGAUUUGCAAAUACUUUCUUAAGGGUGAAAUAGGCCUAUUUUUGCUAUUUUGGACAAAUAUAUGAGUCUAUAUGUACAGGUCCUUACACAGUUUUCUCUAAAGUGAAGAGUUAGGACAAUCCUCUGGUGAGGGUCUAGUUCAUUGCCCUCCCUCAGUUGACUCCGGAGAUGGAGGUAGAAGGAAUUGCCUUUCUUUUUUAAACAGCAUCAUCUUGAUUCUUAGCUUGGACAGCACCUUCAAACUCUACUCCCCUACAUCAAAAUGCACUUUAGUGCCCCUUCAUGGUACCUUGUGAGGGGUGGGGACUGAGAACUCUUUGAGAUGAAAAA